AAGGAUGGGGAAGUACGAAAAGGGGACGCCGAAGGAAAUUGCAAAUCGAUGCAAAUCGAAAGGCCUACAGAAAUUGAGAUGGUUUUGUCAGAUGUGCAAAAAACAGUGCCGCGAUCAGAACGGCUUCAAAUGUCAUUUGACCAGCGAGACGCAUCAACGGCAGCUGCUGCUGUUCGCAGAAAACUCAGACACGUAUCUCAAAGAAUACAGCGAAGAGUUUGAAAAUAACUUUUUGAAGGUAUUGCGAAACACCUACGGCACGAAACGCGUUCGUGCAAACGAAGUAUAUCAAGAAUACAUUCGCGACAAAAUGCACACCCAUAUGAACUCAACGAAAUGGCAUACACUGACGCAUUUUGUCAUUUACUUGGGUAAAUCGGGCAAAUGCCACGUGGAUCAGACUGAAAAAGAUCUCAAAACGUGCGUUUUUCUUACCACCCAGAGCGUCUCCACUGAGUACUAUCUUAUAAUAGGUUGGUAUAUCGCGUGGAUAAACCAGGAGGAAGAGCUGAGAAAGCAAGUGGCCAUGCAUAAAGAAAAAGCAGCCCAUGACGACGAGGAGCGACAGCAGCAAUUACUCAACGAACAAGUAGAAAGAGCUCGAGAAAAGCUGCAG